GAUUGGUCCAUGAGCGUGGGCGGAAUCUUCCAGGGGCUUGCUCUUGAAGGCUCACGGAGAGCGAGUGUCGUCAUGAGCGAUCAACAGGACAGUAUGGCCACCACUGUUGCUGUCAGUCCCAGCGAGUAUCUCCAACCCUCUGCCACUUCCUCUCAAGACUCCCAGCCCUCCCCACUGGCCCUCCUGGCCGCCACCUGCAGUAAGAUCGGCCCCCCUGCCGCUCAGGCCCCUGUCAGCGCCCCUCCUGCCCAACCCCAACCUCGCCGUCUCCUCCCCAUCAAGCCCGCCCCCAUCGCCCCCGCCCCUCCCAAAAACCUGGGCUUCCUGUCCGCUAAAGGAAAUGUGAUCCAGCUGCCAGCAGGCCUGGGCUCCAACAGCCCCGGCACCCCCAUCGUUCUCACCAUCCAGCAGAGCCCUGGCCGCUCGAAUCAAACAUCCAACAUCCAGUACCAGGUGAUGCCGCAGCUGGGAGGCACACAGACCAUCCAGAUGAUGCAGCAGGGCGGACAGAUCCAGCUCAUCCCGGGUACCAACCAGGCCAUCAUCACCACGCCCAUGACGGUCCCCCAGCCGCAGCCCGCUACCGCGCCCAUCACCCCGCAGAAGACUGUGGCCAUCAAGCCGUCCCCCAGGGGGCGGAAACCCAAUGCAGCCAACGUGGUGCGGCUGCCCAGCGGGCUCACGCUGCCCCUCAACGUAGCCACCGGAGAGGAGCCAGCGGCAGCUCCUCCCCCUCCAACGAAGGGCAGACGAGGAAGGAAGAAGCUGGUGGCAGCAGCCCCUCCACCACAGACCACCUCUCCGCCCCCCGAGCAGAUGGAGACGAUAUUGUUAGAAGCCGGGGAGAAUAUUAUUCAGGCGGGUAACCAGCUCCUGAUCGUGCAGAACACCGGGUCAGGCCAGCAGCAGCUGGUGCAAUUGGUGCAGCAGAAACAGGAGCAGCAGAUGGUCCAGAUUCCCCAGCAGGCCCUGAAGGUGGUGCAGGCCGCCUCCGCCACCCUGCCUCAGGUCCCCCAGAGACAGCCUGCACCCAGCCUGCAACCAGAGCCCACUCAGCUGCUGAUCAAAACAGCAUCAGGCGAAUGGCAGACUGUGCAGCUCCAGGAAACCACAGUUUCCACGCCCUCCAGCAUGGUCACCACCACCCUGUCAUCCGUGGGGGCCACCAAGAGAACACUGGCGGGGGGCAGGAAGGAGAGGACCCUACCAAAAAUAGCUCCGGCGGGGGGGAUGAUAGCGUUGAACGCGGCCCAGCUCUCCUCGGCGGGCCAGGCCGUGCAGACUAUAAACAUUAACGGGGUCCAGGUGCAAGGAGUGCCCGUCACCAUCACCAAUGCAGGAGGGCAGCAGCACCUGACAGUGCAGACGGUGCAGGGCGGGGCCCUCCAGUUGGGCGGCGUGACCUCCCAGGGCCACCAGGUGCAGAUGGAGCAGACUCUGGCUCUGGAGCUGCAGGGCCAGCCUGGGGAGAAGAAACGCCGCAUGGCCUGCACCUGCCCCAACUGUAAGGACUCCGAGAAGAGGCCCGGCGAGGUAGGGAAGAGGAAGCACAUCUGUCACAUCCCAGGCUGCGAGAAGACGUUCCGGAAAACGUCCCUCCUCCGGGCCCACGUGCGCCUGCACACUGGCGAGCGGCCCUUCGUCUGCAACUGGGUCUUCUGCGGCAAACGCUUCACGCGCAGCGACGAGCUGCAGCGGCACGCCAGGACACACACAGGAGACAAGCGCUUCGAGUGCAACCAGUGUCAGAAACGGUUCAUGAGGAGCGACCAUCUCACGAAGCAUUACAAAACACACAUAAACACCAAGAACUUGUGAGCUGUGUUGUAUACACAGACAUGUCCUGAUGAACUAAACCCCAUAGAGGGCCGCAGGAGAGGAUACCAAGAGAGUAGUCUCAUGAUGGGUAAACCCCAAAAAGGCCCCAUACGCCCUGUUCUCCUUACUCCCCCCUCAGGGGCUUCGUAGCCUGGUGUACAUACCAAUCCUCCCCCCACAGACUCAACUGUUCCAGUCAAUUUAUUAAUGAUAAAAUAUAUAUAUAUAUAUAUAAUUACGGACAGCAGGCUUACCUACGUAGGCAGAAUGCGUAGAACAGCGAAAGGCGGUCUCCCAGAAAGAUAGGCAAGCGUGGCUGCUGUGUUCUGAUGACCUCAUGCUCUGAGCACCAUAUCCAGUCAUGAGGCCUGAGGGAGGAAUGAGAGAAAAACGGAUAGAUUUAGUCUACCAAAGUACCCGAGCCCAAAGGAGACUCCAGCCACUCUUGCCCCUUCUUGUUUUUCCAUGUUGUAUUCUUUUCAAUGUUAAUAAUAACAAAUAUUAUUGUUGUUGAAGCUCCAGAAUAGGUUUUAUUUCAAAGUUGAUCCUCAAGCCCCACGGGUAUCCAAGGUACUUUUUUCAGUCAAACAAAUCCUAUUCAGUAAAUUGCACUACAUGCAUAUCAUGUUACAUGGUUUGAAUGGUAUUUGUAAUUCUAUUCUUAUUCAAUAUCAAAGUACUAUUAUGGAUUUUUCAACAAAUAAAUGAUUUGGUUGGAAUGAACCUACAUAUCUGUGAGGCCUUGGUGACCACUUUGAAACCUUACACAGUUCCAGACUCUGAAAACCCAAGUUGGCAAAAGAGUUUGUGUAUGUGCGUACAAACAUACAUUCACACAUACAUGGGCAAAUAUAGAUAUUUAUGGUGUUCAGACAUAAUACCCUUUUCGGGAGUUUUUUUUUAUAUCAAAGAUGGCAUUUUUUUUGUUUGAGUGAAGAGUUACACAUUUAUUUUGAAUACACACCCCAUCCUAAUGAGUUUAAAUGUAGUGCAUUGGUAUGUGUAUAUCAUUAUGAUAUUAACUAAAUAUGUUCCAAAUAUUGGUCUGGCAUGACAAUCAUGCCACAAGAUGCACAUAAUCAACAUUAAAAUGCUUUCUCGGGCCUGUCAUAACUUGUUUAUUAUGAUCUACAUUAAGAUCCGUCUGAGGCAAAUAUGUUUGAUAGAACAUUUCUGAUUAGUGUGACAUAAAAAAUUGACAAGCUAUCUACUAUUAUUUAUCUAAGGUUUCUGGUGUUUCGAUUCCUUGAACACUCAAGGAAGGACACCAGAGCUAAACCUUUACUCGUAGUAUUACAAUAAGUUCUGUUCAAUUAAUACAUAUUGACUGUUUAUGUAGCUAACUGCAUAACUAAUCGGAAAGAUUUAUAAAUGUCCCCCCCCAAAAAAAAAUGGUCCUCAUGCAUUUUAAAAUGAGAUCAACAUUUCAUUGAAUAGCCAAUAGAAAAAUCGUGUCCAGUAUGUCUGGAUGCCUUAAACUGGGCCUUGGGGACGGAAAGAAAGUCCUGCUCAUAUUUAUGUUUGUAUUGUAUGUCCUGAAUGUGUAUAUACAAUGUGUCUGGGAGACACAGUAAAAUGUAGGAUAAAAAAGUUACACUGCCUUGUAUUUUGGCCGGCCUGGUCAGAGCUGAAGGAAGCGGACUCUGUACAGUGUGAAAGGAAAAUGUGUAAUGUGACGUUGUAUAGCUUCAUUCCUGCUUUGUACACCAUUACUUCUAGAUGAUCCCUUUUCUAUCGAAUUUAAAGUUGCCUUAGACAGUUGCACCCAGUAUUUAAAGAGAUUUCUGUCUAAUUUCCAGGGAAUGGCAUUUGUAGAGUUCCUUUUAUUUUUGUCUAACUUAUGUUACACAAUGUCGAUGUUUAUGUGCACUGACUUGAGCCCAGGUUGAAAAUGUGUGAUUUUUAUUUGAUUUUUAAGUAAUGAUCAGUGGAUGAGUUUUUACCUAAACUGAAAAGGUCCUAAUGUUGGUCUCAGUGAACCAGGUGCUUUUCCCUCUCUAAACCUGAUCUACCACAGUAAUAGAUUCAGAUCCUGUGUGUGUCUGAAAUGGCACCCUAAUCCCUAUAUUGUGCACUACUUUCAACCACAGCUCUAUGGUCUCUGGUAAGAAGUAGUGCACUAUAUAGGAAAUAGGGUGCCAUUUCAGACUUCCUUUGUUUAACAGGAGUCCUCAGAUAUCCAGCUAUUGCCCAUCUUUUAUAACUUGUAUUAAGGCACUUACUACAGGUGCUUGCUCCUUUUUUACAGUCACUCAACCCUCCAAUAAAGCAUUCAAACUGUA